CCUAACCAACAUUGACGUAAUUGUGGUAUAUAAGGACCAACUGGCCAGUCACAAAGCUCUGGAUAUCUCGGGCAGGCCACACCAGACCAGACCCCGAAGUCACGUCUUUUCAUCGUUCCGCCUAGUUACAACUCUGUCACGAUAACAAUUACUCGACACCCCUGCCUACCGAAAACAUUGUACCGUCGAAAGCUGCGCCGUUUGAAUAUCGCUUUAUACACCGUUCCUUUGCGAUACGUUCCAUCUCUUUCGCGUGACGCGUGACAUCCGAUAGCGCUUCGCCAUGUCGUCAGACUACCAGGCAGCCCUCACAGAGGAAGCUACAGGACAGAGCAUGCUUCCAUUAUCGCGGAUAAAGAAGAUCAUCCAGCUGGACGAGGACAUUGCGCAAUGCUCACAUAAUGCUACGUUUCUGAUCGCAAUUGCUACAGAACUAUUUAUCCAAUACCUGGCUGAACAAGGCUACAACGUCGUCAAAUCCGAGCGCAAACCGCGCAAGACCAUCCAAUACAAAGAUCUCGCAACGGCCGUUUCCCGAAUCGAUAAUCUCGAGUUCCUCGCCGAUGUGAUACCCAAGACUACCACUUAUAAACAAUUCAAAGAAAAGAGAGCGCGCGAGAUCACGCAGGAUUUACCGAUCAUUGAAAAAGGCCAGACGACAUUGAACGGCGCAGGGUCAGACGCGAAUGGAGCGAAGAGCCUCCCAGCAGAGCAGACUGUCGCGCCGCCUCAUGUCAACGGGAGCCAGGCGGUUGCUCCAGCCGAAUCGCCCAUGCCAACGGUGUCGAUGAUGAUCGGGCGGACUGUGGAAACAGGGCCAUCUGCGAAUAGAGAGGUGGAAAUGACGGGGUAGUCUUGUAUCAAAUAUUGGGAAUGAUGGAGUCUUGUGUCAAUUUGGUUUUGCAUUGCAGGGGUGAUCUUUUUAUGAAUUAGGCAAAGUAUUUAUUCAUAUAUUUUCAGUUAAGAAUAUACUCUUAUAUUAAAUC